AUGUCCCCCAAGACCCCCUCGGGACCCCUCCGGACCCCCCAGAACUCGCCCGGGCCCCCCAAAAUCCCCCCGGGGUCGCCCGUGUCCCCUGUCCCCGCCGUGGCGCUCCGCUGGCCGUUCCCGCCGGGCGCGCUCCCGGCGCUGUCCGCCGCCUUCCUGCAGGUGGCGCUGGUGAGCGGCGCGGUGCGCGCGCUCGGGCUGUGCCUCCCGCCGCUGGGGGGCGCCUUCGGGGCCCCCGCGCGCGCCGCCGCCCUGGUGGGAUCCUGCCCCCUGGCGGCGCUGCAGCUCGGCGGCCCGCUGGCGGCGGCUCUGAGCGAUCGCUUUGGCCCGAGGGGCGUGGCCAUGGUGGGCGGGGCCAUGGCGGGGGCGGGGCUGUUCCUGGGAGCCUUCGCCACGCGCCUGGAACACCUGUACCUGAGCCUGGGGGGGCUGACAGGCCUGGGCUGGUCCCUGUCCUUCACGCCCGCGCUGGGCGCCGUGUCCCGCUGGUUCCCGCAGCGCCGCACUCUGGCCACGGGGCUGGCCGUGUCCGGCGCCGCCGUGUCCGGCCUGGCGCUGACCCCGCUGGUCCCGCUGGCCCUGGACGCCUACGGCUGGCGCGGCGCCCUGCUCCUCCUGGCCGCCGUCUCCCUGCACCUCGUGGCCGCCGCCGCCCUCCUGCGCCCGCCCCGCUCCGUUCCAGAACCUCCGGAACCUCCAGAACCGCCGGGUGAGCGCCGGGGCCUGCUGCGGCUGCUGCGGCACGGCCCCUUCCUGCGCUACGCCGCCGCCUUCGCCCUGCUGGACGCCGGCUACUACGUGCCCUUCGUGCACGGCGCCGCGCGCGCGCUGGAGCUGGGCCACGACGGCCGGCGCGCCGGCGCCGUGGUGGCCGCCAUGGCGGUGCUGGACGGCGGCGGCCGCGUGGCGGCCGGCUGGCUGGCGGCCCGGCCGGCGGCGGCGCCGCUGCGGCACCUGGCGGCGUGGGCGGCGCUGGCCGGCUCGGCGGCCUGGCUGCUGCCGCUGGGGAGGAGUUUCGGCGCGCUGGCGGCGCUGGCGGCGGCCUACGGGGUCUGCGCCGGCGCCGUGGUGCCGCUGCAGUUCGCCGGCGUGGCCGAGGUGGUCGGGGCCGGCCGGGCCGCGCUGGGCAUCGGGCUCAUGCAGAUGUUCGAGAGCGUGGGGUCGCUGCUGGGGGCGCCGCUGGCUGGCUGGCUCCGCGACGUCACCGGCGACUUCACCGCCUCCUUCCUGGCCGCCGGCGCCUUCCUGGUGGCCUCGAGCCUCCUCAUCCUCACCCUGCCCCCAGCCCCCCCAGAACCGCCCCCCGGUUCCCCCCGAGCCGCUCUAGAACCGCCCGUGUGA